AAGGACUACUACCUGAACGAUCCAACCACUCACAAAACCUUACAUACCAGCAAAUUUAAUCCACAAAAUUACACAUAAAACUUAAUUUAAUUGAAUUAAAAUAAUUAAUUUAAUUACCAUGGAAUCAGUAUUUUCAAACGAUCUGAUAAUGGCAAAAAUCGCGACUGAUCUAACCCUCGCCGAGUUGAAACGGGUUCGCCUGCUCUUUUCUGGCGUUAGUUACAUUGUGGCGCGGGAAAUUGUUCGUAGAUCGGUCGUAACGGUGCCCGUGUGGCGGGAUGAUGACGGCGGAGUCUGGAUUGAUAAGGAGGUGACGAGAUGGCUGAAUUCUGUGGUGGUCAAGCGUACGAGGAUAUAUUUGAAUAAAAAUACCCCAGAAAACGUGCAAGGGAUGAAGGCGGCAGAAUUUUUAGAACAGGCAAGAGACGAUUUAAUCGAACUGGAACUGAAGGCAAGGUUCCUCCCCUCCAAACGAGUUGCAAUUGAGCCCCUGGAAUUCCCGCGCAUGCCGUCUCUAAAAGUUUUCAUAAACAAGGCUAUCGAAAUUUUCCAAGUUGAACGUUUCCUAAAUCCAACCAAUUUUCCAAAAGUGGAAACCGUUCUACUCCGUGCGACAAAAACAUGUUCGAACAGUUUGAACGAACAUCUUUCUACGUUAAACGUCCCAAUGCCGGCAGUUUCGCGACUCCAUCUUUACGGAAUAACUGACUACAGCCUGCUUUCAAAAAUUCCCCAACUAUUUGAGAACGUGAAGGAAUUUCGGAUUAUAACUGGUCCACGAAAAGGGUCCUAUUUUCGCCCGGAAAUCGGCUUACCUCAGUUGUUUUUGUCUUUCCGGAAAUUUAGAGAAUUGGAGACUUUAAGGGUCACUCUUCGUGAAAAAUGCAGCUUCGGCUGUGCGAUCGCUGUACUCGACUCACUUUCAGUAGCGGAUCUGACGCGGGUGGCCAUUACACCAAAAGACUUGCACCUUGGGAUCGUUUUUCACAUUCGCGACGUACACUCCAAUCCUCCUUCAGCCAGAAUUUCCAGCCAGAAAACGGUCUGGCUCGGAUUCGACGUUACUGCCCAGUCGGCCGAUAAGCGAGUAAAAUUCUUUAGUGGUAUCAGAUAGUUGUAUUGUAAAUGUGCAGUGGAAUUAUUUGUGCUAGUAGAUUCAUUUACAUAUUUUGACGCAUUAGAAUUUAUGCAAUAUGGAAAUCCUGCAUCUUCGUAAAUGGGCAAAGUGAGAUUUAUGCAAAUUUAGUGACACGUACAAAUAAUUCUACUGUAUUGUGACGAUGUUAAUAUAGUCUUCCUAACAAUAAUUACGAUAGUUUACUUAAAUUCGCGUAUCCAACGUACUACGGAGUUCUUUACUUGAUAAUUGCAUAAUUAAAUCUAGAGCUGAACCAGCCCAACCGUUUCACAAACGCAGUUUCCAUUAUUUAGCGAAAGGCAGAGUGAGACUCGGAUUCUGGUGGGUAUCCACCACCACCACCGCUGACUGUCGUUGCCAGUGCCGUAUGGUGGUCCGUCUCACUUCUCACUCUCUUCAAAUUGUUUACCGGGAUUAUGAACCAACUCGUGUUGAGAUGCUUUUCAUCUCUUACACGAGUUGGUUCAGUUGAUAAAUCGUUGAGCUUAAGUUUUAAAUUUGGGGCGAAUUGGACAAACUAAAUUUGCUUAUCUUAAAAACUGAUAAGCGCAGUGAUAAGCCCGAUAGCGUUUAUUUUCGAGUGGAUACUACCAUUAUAUAUUCAGAUAAGCUUAAGUUUUAAAUUUGGGGAGAUUUGGACAAACUAAAUUUGCUUAUCUUAAAAACUGAUAAGCGCAGUGAUAAG